AUGACUGAUUUUUUGUAGGACAUUUUAAUAAAAUUGAUCGUGUGUGUUGGAUGUUAAAUGUAAUGCAAUUAUAUGUAUUAGAGGAAACUUGAAGAAUGAGUGCAUAAAAAGUUAAUAGUCUCUUGGGAUUAGAGAAAUGGGAAAGUCUAGAUUAAGAUUUUAAUCUAUAAUUUUAAUUUAUUUUAUAUAUNCGAGAAUUUUAAUGUUUUCAUGUAACCAACCAAUACUUUAUAACACCAAACGAUAAGGGUAUUAAUAGGCCUCGCAUAAUUUUGAUUAUUAUAAUUAAAUAAUAAAAUAGAGCAUGAGUGUUACACAAUCAUUGGAAGAUAAUCUUGCUAUUCUUAACAAAAAUAACGAUAGUUGUGAUACACCUUUAACAAGUUAAAGGAGAAUCAAUUGGAAAGUCGAGAUGAGGAAGAUGGUUUUGACAAAACUCCCCAUCAAAAAGUCUGCUCCUAGGCUAAGCCAAUCUAUUAAGUCCAAAAACAUACCAAAAAAUAUUUCAAAGGUCAUUACCUAACAAAUUCUUAAAGGAUACUACAAUGAUCUCAUCUAAUGUAACCUUAAAUCAUUCCUUUCUUUCAUUAAGAAAAAUAAAAAUAUUCUGAACCUCCCUUCACUCAUGAGACUUGUCAAACCACAUAAAAACCCAGAAGUCAACUCUCUUCAUCAAUGUUUUAGGCAAAUAUGGUAUUUAAUAUAUAUUAAAAUUAUAGCUGGUAUUUUAUUAAGAAACAGUAUAUCGCCUACGUGUUUAAUUCUAAGAUCAAGGAUCCUCAAUGGCACCUAGAAUACAGAAAUGCAAUCUUAAAAUUAUUUAGGGAUAGUUGA